AUGAAGAUAUUUAUUCUUCUUAUUGCUGCAAUGGUUUUAAUCCAUAUGAUUUCAUUUACAAAUGCUAAACGUUUAUAUUAUGAUAAUGAUAAUGAUAUGGAAUUAUCCGAUAAAAAAGCACGUAUGUUUCUUCGUACAAUAACAGGUGAAGGUGAUGAUGAUGAUGGUGAUGAUGAUUCGAAAUCAUUUGGUGUUCGUGAAAUUGGUUCCGAUUGUGUUCCAUGUAAAUUUGGUAUCAAUCCAUGUUGUUCACCAAAUAUUUGUAUUAAAAAACGUUUUCGUCCAGAUGAAUGUAUGGAAAUUAAACGAGGCAAAUAA